CCAAACUGUGCCUGCUGGGUGGAGCUACGGUAUCUACCGGUGGAGUCGCUCCAAACUUGGCUCGCCACUUAUACUUAACUUGAGCACGUUUGACUAUUUACGAACGUGCAUGACCGGCAGACCAAGUGCCCAGCGCCCAGCAAUUGGUGAGAACACAAAUUGCUCGAGCGCAACUACAGUUGCGUUUUUAUAGAGAACCAAAGUCAUCGCUCUCAGAAGAUUCUAUGGACAUGUGGUGUUUUGCCACAACUGUAAUCCAUUUAAACAAAAGACUUGAACAGCACAUUCGUCCAGCUCCUUGUCCCUAAACCUCAGCUCUUCUUCAACAUGGACUAAAACUCUUGUCAAUUCCAGCACUCUGAACACAGACACAUGCAUUUGAUGCGCUAUUUGCAUACACUGAUCCGUGAGGAUUAACGUCAAGGGCGAUGGACAAUUUUUUUACUGAGGGCGCCCGUGUCUGGCUGCGGGAGGAUGAGCUCUACCUUCCCAGCACUGUGUCCUCCUGCGCUGGAGGGGUGGUGGUGUUUGCCACCGACUACGGACAGGUGUACACCUACAAGCAGAGCACCCUGACCAGGCAGAAGGUGCAGCCUAUGCACUCCAGCAGCCUCAGGGGGGUGGAGGACAUGGCGGCCCUGCAGGAUCUCCACGAUGGGGCCAUCAUGCACAACCUGUUCCUGCGCUACCAGCAGAGGAGCAUCUAUACAUACAUCGGCUCCAUCCUGGUGGCGGUGAACCCGUACCAGCCCGUCCCAGACCUGUACGACCGGCCGGUGGUGGAGCGCUACAGCCGCCAUCACCUGGGGGAGAUUGCCCCUCACAUCUACGCUGUGGCCAACGAGUGCCACCGCUCCCUGUGGAAGAGGCUGCAGAACCAGUGUGUGCUCAUCAGCGGAGAGAGCGGAGCAGGGAAGACGGAGAGCACCAAGCUCAUCCUCAAGUUCCUGUCGGCCAUGAGCCAGCACUCCCUGGAGAUCUCGUCCCGGGACAGGACGUCUCAUGUGGAGGAGGCCCUUCUGGAGAGCAGCCCAAUCAUGGAGGCCUUUGGAAACGCCAAGACCGUCUACAACAACAACUCAAGUCGCUUCGGGAAGUUUGUCCAGCUGCACUUCUGUCAGAAAGGAAACAUCCAGGGUGGCAGAAUCGUGGAUUACCUCCUAGAGAAGAACCGUGUUGUCAGACAAAACCCAGGGGAGAGGAACUACCACAUCUUCUAUGCUCUUCUGGCUGGGACCACUGCAGAACAGAGGGAGGCCUUCAACUUGUCUCAUCCUGACAGCUACUACUACCUGAAACAGUCCGGAUGUGUAGCGGACAAGACGAUCAACGACAAGGGCGCUUUUCAGGAUGUACUGAGUGCCAUGCGGACGAUGCAGUUCUCUGAGGAGAGCAUCCGUGAGAUCAUGCGUCUGCUGGCAGGGGUCCUUCAUGCGGGGAACAUUGAGUUCAUGACCGCAGGAGGGGCGCAGGUCUCCUCCAAAUCAGCUCUGAGCAGGACGUCGGACCUCCUGGGGCUGAACCCUGAGCAGCUGGCGGAGGUCCUGACCCACCGCUCCAUGAUCCUCAGGGGAGAGGAGAUCUGCACGCCCCUCACCGUGGAGCAGGCGGUGGAUUCCAGGGACUCCAUGGCCAUGGCACUUUACUCUCAGUGUUUCACCUGGAUCAUACGCAAACUCAACAACCGCAUCCGGGGCAAGGAGGACUUCAAGUCGAUCUGCAUCCUCGACAUCUUCGGAUUUGAGAAUUUUGAGGUCAACCGCUUUGAGCAGUUCAACAUCAACUAUGCAAACGAGAAACUUCAGGAAUACUUCAACAAGCACAUCUUUUCGUUGGAGCAACUCGAAUACAACAAGGAAGGGUUGGUAUGGGACGAUAUCAACUGGAUGGACAAUGGUGAAUGUCUGGACCUUAUUGAGAAGAAACUAGGACUCCUGGCCCUGGUCAACGAGGAGAGCCACUUUCCCAAAGCCACCGAUGACACGCUCCUGGAGAAACUCCACUGCCAGCACUCUAAAAACUCCUUUUACGUGAAGCCUCGAGUUGCAGUCCACUACUUUGGAGUGAGGCACUAUGCGGGAGAGGUGGUGUACGACGUGAGAGGGAUGCUGGAGAAGAACAGAGACACCUUCAGGGACGAUGUCCUCAAUCUGCUGAGAGAGAGCAGGCUGGACUUUGUAUACGACCUGUUUGAGCAUGUGUCCAGUCGCAACAACCAGGACACUCUCAAAUCCAGCUCCAAGCACAAGAAGCCCACAGUCAGCUCUCAGUUCAAGAACUCUCUGCACUCUCUCAUGGCUACACUCAGCACUUCAAACCCCUUUUUCGUGCGAUGCAUCAAGCCCAACACUCACAAAAUGGCCGAGCGGUUUGAUCCGACGGUGGUGCUGAACCAGCUGAGAUACUCCGGGAUGCUGGAGACUGUGAAGAUACGACGCUCAGGGUUCCCUGUACGGAGACCCAUCCAGGACUUCUGCACCAGGUACCAGGUGCUGAUGAGGAGCGUGGAGGUGCAUGAGGAGGACCCCAGGGGGCGCUGCACACAGCUGCUCCGCUGCUACGACAGCACCUGCUCAGAGUGGCAGCUGGGCAAGACCAAGGUCUUCAUGAGAGAGCCUCUGGAACACAGACUGGAGAAGCAGAGGGAGGUGGAGGUUCUGAAAGCUGCUAUGAUCAUCCAGGCCCACGUGGUGGGCUACAUGGCUAGGAAGCAGUACAGGAGGUUACUGCAGUGCAUUGUUGUCAUUCAGAAGAACUACCGGGCGUUCUACUGGCGCAGGAAGUUCCUGCUGCUGCGCUGGGCGACGCUCACCUUCCAGAAACGUCUGAGGGGCCAGCAGGCUCGCAAGGUCUUCUGCCUGCUGCUGGAGGAGAGGAGGAGGAGGGAGGAGGAGGAGGAAGAGAGGAGGAGGGCGGAGGAGGAGCUGGAAAGAGAGAGGCAGAGACAAGAAGCAGUGGAACUGGCUCGACAGGUGGAGGAGACCCGGAGGAUAGUGGAGCUGCAGAGAGCCAGAGAGCAGGCCUCCCAGGCCCUGGCCCAGGCCCAGCCUCCCUCCCUCCUUUUCACCCUCGAUACAUCCAAGGAGGAGGUGGAGGAGGUGGAGGAGGAAGAGGAGGAGGAGGAGGAGGAGGAGGCGGCGGCCCGCCCCCAGGAGGCGUCCCAGGUGGAGGAGAUCCUGCGUCUGGAGCGGGAGAUCCAGGCCCUCCAGAGGCAGAAGGAGCAGCAGGAGCUGUCCCUGACGGAGGCCUCGCUGGGCCGGCUGCAGCUGCUGCGCGACCAGGAGCUCCGCAGGCUGGAGGACGAGGCCUGCAAGGCCGCCCAGCACUUCCUCGACUCGCUCAACUUCGACGAGAUCGACGAGUGCGUGCGCAACAUCGAGAGCUCGCUGGGCGUCCCGAGGAGGGGGGGGGAGGGGGAGGAGGAGGAGGAGAAGGGGGGCGGGGAGAGGGGGGAGGAAGAGGAGGUGGACGAGGGCUUCGGGGCGGACGACGAGGGCUUCAAGGACUCGCCCAACCCGAGCGAACACGGCCACUCGGACGGACAGCGCACCAGCGGUAUCCGCACCAGUGACGACUCGUCCGAGGAGGACCCGUACGCCAACGACGGCGUCGUCCCACCGCCCCUGCCUCUCUUCCACCAGCCCCUGCCUCUCCCGCCCGUGCCCCAGGCCUGCCACAGUGCCUCCUCCAGCGGGGACUCGGCCUACUGCCGGCCCCAGGCUUCAUCCGAGGCCCAGUCGGAGGACCUGGUCGAGCUCAUCCCUCCGAACGAGGACUCGGACUACGACCAGGACGACUACGACGAAGGGGCCAUCGUGUCCAGCGGGAGCGUGGCAUUCUCCAACUCUCUCAGCGGCCAGUGGUCACCUGACUACCGCGUCUCCAUGGGAACCUACAACAGCUCUGGGGCGUACCGCUUCAGCUCAGAGGGUCAGCAGUCAUCGUUCGAGGACAGCGAGGACGACUUUGACAGGUUUGACACGGACGACGAGCUGUCCUACCGUCGUGACUCUGUCUACAGCUGUGUCACCCUGCCCUACUUCCACAGCUUCCUGCACAUCAAAGGUGGGCUUAUGAACACAUGGAAGCGUCGCUGGUGCGUCCUGAAGGACGAGACCUUCCUGUGGUUCCGGGCCAAACAGGAAGCUCUGAAGCAGGGCUGGCUCAACAAAAAGGGCGGCGGCUCAUCCACGCUGUCGCGGCGCAACUGGAAGCGCCGCUGGUUUGUCCUGCGGCAGAGCAAGCUCAUGUACUUUGAGAAUGACGGGGAGGAGAAGAUGAAGGGCAUGCUGGACAUGCACACGGCCAAAGAAAUCGUGGACAACACAGGCAAGGAGAACGGCAUCGACAUUGUGAUGCCCGUGCGCACCUACCACCUGAUAGCAGAGUCUGCUGAGGACGCCAGUCAGUGGUUCAGCGUUCUGAGCCAGGUGCACGGCUCGACGGAGCAGGAGAUCAGAGAGAUGCACGACGAGCAGGCCAACCCCCAGAACGCUGUGGGCACCCUGGAUGUGGGGAUGAUAGAUUCAGUGUGUGCCUCAGACAACCCUGAGCGGCCCAACGCGUUUGUGAUGAUCACAGCCAACAGGGUGCUGCACUGCAACGCAGAUACCCCGGAGGAGAUGCACCACUGGAUCACCCUGCUGCAGCGCUCCAAGGGAGACACGCGCGUCGAGGGCCAGGAGUUCAUCGUACGAGGCUGGCUCCACAAGGAGAUGAAGAACAGCAGCCGGGCCUCCCUGAAACUGAAGAAGCGCUGGUUCCUGCUUACCCACAAUUCCCUGGACUACUACAAGAGCUCGGAGCGCAGCGCCCUCAAGCUGGGCACCCUGGUGCUGAACAGCCUGUGCUCCGUGGUGCAGCCAGACGAGAAGAUCUUCAAGGAGACGGGUUACUGGAACGUGACGGUGUACGGUCGUAAGCAUGCCUACCACCUCUACACCAAGCUGCUGACGGAGGCCACCAGGUGGGCCAGUGCCGUGCAGAACGUCAUCGAUACCAAGGCCCCCAUCGACACGCCCACUCAGCAGCUCAUCCACGACAUCAAGGAGAACUGUCUGAACAGCGAGGUGGUGGAGCAGAUCUACAAGAGGAACCCCAUCCUGCGAUACAGCCACCACCCGCUCCACUCCCCCCUGCUCCCCCUCCCCUACGGAGACAUCCACACCUGCUCCGUGAGGACCAAAGGCUACACCACCCUCCAGGAGGAGGCCCUGAAGGUGUUCGGCUCCCUGCAGCAGCUGGAGGGCGUGUCGGACGCUGUGCCCAUCAUCCAAGGCGUGCUGCAGACGGGCCUGGAGCUGCGGCCUCUGAGGGACGAGCUGUACUGCCAGCUGGUGAAGCAGACCACCCGGCCACCCCAAUCCGGCAGCCAGGGGAACCUGAGCAGCUGGAGGAUCCUCACCUGCAUGUGCUGCAGCUUCCUGCCCUCCAGGAGCAUCCUCAAGUACCUCAAGUUCCACUUCAAGAGGACCCGGGAGCUGUUCCCGGGGACGGAGAUGGAGCGCUGUGCGUCCUUCGCCCAGGAGUCACUGAGGAAGACGCGGUGCCGGGAGCACGUGCUAUCCCAAGAGGAGAUCCGGGCCGUGGUGGCGCGCCAGGACAUGACCACCACGGUGCACUGCCACGGAGGAGGCUCCUGCAAGAUCACCAUCAACUCCCACACCACCGCCGGGGAGGUGGUGGAGAAGCUAACCCGAGGCUUGGCCAUGGAGGACAGCAGGAACAUGUUCGCCCUGUUUGAACAUAACGACUCCACUGACAAGGCCAUCGAGAGCCGCACUGUGGUGGCCGACGUGCUGGCCAAGUUUGAAAAGCUGUCUGCCAGUCAGGACGAGAACAACACAGGAUGGAAGUUCUACUUCAAACUCUACUGCUUCCUGGACACCACUAACGUGCCCAGGGACAGUGUUGAGUUCGCCUUCAUGUUUGAACAGGCUCACGAGGCGGUCAUCAGAGGCCAGUACCCAGCCCCCGAGGAAACUCUCCAGUUCCUGGCCGCCCUGAGACUACAAUACCUCCUGGGAGACUACAACUCCCAGGCUGCCGUCCCUGACACGUCCCAGCUGCUCCCCAUGGCCAGGCUCCGAGCCCGCAUCCAGAACUCGGCCAAGAGCUUCGCCCCGGGCGCCGCCGCCGCUGCCUCCUCCGUGGCGGAACGUUCCGGAACGGUGGACAGGAAGCGGUCGAGCUUCCUGGAGGGGACGCUGAGGCGGAGCUUCCGGAGCGGCUCGAUGAGUCGGCAGAAGCUGGAGGAGGAGAACACUUUGGAGGUGUGGGCCAGGGAGGAGAUCGCUGCGGCCCGCGCCAACCUGCUGGAGAAGUGGAGGAAACUGCAGGGCAUGAACCAGGAGCAGGCCAUGGUCAAGUACAUGGCCUUGGUCAAAGAGUGGCCUGGGUAUGGGUCCACUCUCUUCAACGUGGAGUCUCGUGACGGGGUGUUCCCCGUGGAGCUGUGGCUGGGGGUGAGCAGGGAAGCCAUCUCCGUCUACAAGCGCGGAGAGCCCUGGCCGCUGGAGGUCUUCCCCUACGAGCUCAUCCUCUCCUUCGGCGCCCCGCUGCCCAACACCUACAAGAUUGCCGUGGAGGGACGGGAGUUGAUGUUCGAGACCAGUCUGGUCAUGGACAUCGCCAAGCUGAUGAAAGCUUACAUCAGCAUGAUCGUCAAAAAGCGCUACAGCAACUCUCAGUCUGUCAGCAGCCAGGACAGUAACCAUGGCAGCGCCUGGUGAGACCUCGACCCCUGACCCUUGACAUACAACCUUUAAACUCCCCCGGACGGAGAGGUCAGAUGUAGUGACCCUGCCAGGACGCCCCUCCUCUCCGCUGGAGGGAAGUGUUUGGACUCUCUGGGCUACAGAUAAGCACAAACACAAGCAGCACCCGUCAGCUCUAACCGCUAACCAGCUAGCUUCGUCUUUCUGAUGCCGCCAUGGUAACGUUCAAGGGCUUUGUUGUCGCUAGGUGACGGGGCACCGGAUUUAAAUGUUACUGAGACGGUUUCUGUGAUUGGUCAGACGGUGUGUGUCAGCUGACUGAAUGUAAGGAGGGUGGUAAAGAGACUAUGGGAUGUUGGGUAUUUGAAUGGAGGUUUGUUUUACUUGUAUUCUCUGGGAAUGCCUUGCUUUGGAACGCUUACUGAUCUUUGGUGUUAUCGAAAUAUGUAAAUAUGAGACUUGGUUGUCGAAAGCAUUUCAAGUUGUGUCUGUGAAUGUUACGGAGCGUGUUGGUUUGAAGGGGACUUUGCCUUUCAUAUCGUGCUCACUAAAGUGCCAAAUUCCCCCCCCCCCCCAAAAAAAAGAUAUACGAAACUUCUAUACCGUACUGUACUUAAAACAAAACAAACAAAUACAAAACAG